UGUAAAUGAUCUGUGCUGACUGUAAAUGGUCUGUGGACAACGGACUGUAAAUGUGUGGACAACGGACUGUAAAUGAUCUGUGGACAACGGACUGUAAAUGAUCUGCGGACAACGGACUGUAAAUGAUCUGCGGACAACGGACUGUAAAUGAUCUGCAGACAACGGACUGUAAAUUAUGAGUGUUUGAUAUUAUGACCAUCAGUCCACAUCUGAAUACACAUGAUCUGGUUUGCCGCCACUUACCUGAAGCACAGCGAUAGUCCUAUUCUCUCCCGGAAAUACGGAUGUAUCUAAGAUGGCAGACCACAAGGACAUUGACAGAGGGUAUGCGUGGGUGGUGCUGGUCUUCAGUUGGCUACAAGUUGUCAUCUCCGGCAUCUUCUACUACUCAACGGGUGUGGUCAACACCGUCCUCCUUGAAAAUAUGCAAGAGGGCGUGGUCAAGACGUCGUGGGUCGGGUCCACGUUGUAUGGGACGAUAAUGCUUACAGCUCCUGUGACCGGCUCUUUAACCAAUGUUUUGGGGUGUCGCGUUGCAUCCGUUGUUGGAGGUCUUCUGACCCUGGUGGGCAUGGUUGCUGCUUUCUUCGCAACGUCGGUAAACGGGGUGAUUGUGUCCUAUGGACUUACUGCAGGUCUAGGACUCGGGUUCCUCGAGACAUCAGCGAUUGUCAUCACUGGACACUAUUUCGACAAAUACCUUCCCCUUGCCUCUGGUCUUCAGAUGUCUGGAGGAGGAUCGGGGAUGCUCAUCGGUGCUCCGUUAGUGAGAGGCCUCCUUGACACGUUCGGACUGAGUGGGGCGUUUCUUAUAAUGGGAGGAAUAGGAGCUAAUGCGUGUGUGUGUGGUAUGUUGUUUAGACCGUCACCGCAUGAGCAACAAAUAGGAGCAAAGACGAAGGAGACGUCGGGAGACGUCACCCGAAAUCUCGUGGAUCAAGAAGCAGACGUGCAGUCAGAAGUCAGAAUAAGCUAUGUGCAACGUUUACGUUCAACAGUCAGAGACACGUGGUCUCUUUUGUCUAAUUUGAGCUUUAUGCUGUACGUCUUUUCCUAUACAUUAUGGGGAUUUGGAGAAUCAAUCAUCUAUGUACAUCUGCCUACCUUUGCGGAGUCUAAAGGAACUAGCCCACAGAAUUCAGCCAUGUUGUUCACAGCCAUGGGAAUCACUAGUAUAAUAGCGCGGGUGUUGGCAGGGUUUGCUGGUACCGAUCCAGCAAUAGGCGUCUUCAUGCUACACACGGGUAUGGUAGGUGUAGCCGGUGUCUUGAUCAUUCUGUGUCCACUUUUAGCAAGUUCUUACACACUACAGCUCCUCUUCUGUAGCAUAUAUGGCAUCUACAGUGGAGGGCCGAUGGCGCUAUUGAACCCAAUUAUUGUAGACCUGUUAGGUGUGAAACAACUGGCGACCGGAUAUGGAGUGGUGAAUUUCAUUGGUGGCAUUGGAUUACUUCUCGGACCUCCUUUUGCAGGGUUGAUCAUGGACGUCUCAGGAAGUUACGAUGUCAGCUUUGCUUGUUCUGGUAGCGCACUAGUGAUAGGAAGUCUGCUGUCUCUGUGCAUACCGAUGUUUAAGAGACCAAGUGUUUCCUCUGAUCGGGAAAUGGACGUGACAGUUGCUGAAGAAUACACAGCCGUAGCUUCCGGACCAGAUCGGCAAUAAAUACUGUUCAACCACUGACUAUGAUCUCUCUUUUAUGAUAUGUCAGGACAUCUAUUAGACUAACAACUAGUCUCUGAAAUGAACAUAUUUUACAGAAAAAGGUUCAUAGUUAAAACAAUAGAAUAUAGUGAAAAGGA